CAAACGUCACCACUGGUCCGUUGGCACUGGUUCGCGCGGCUCUGGAAUUUGCAGGAGUUGUUUACAGCUUCAGCUUCAAACUCAACCAUGGGUAAGAAACAACAUGAUACCGCCAGAGCCAGCGAGCCAGUAGCCGAGGAAGACCCAGACUACCGGGCGACCAAAGCAGAGAAGAAGAAGAAGAAGAAGAAGAAGAAAAAUAAGCAAAACGAAGAUAGUCCCAAAAGAAAGCUUGAGGAAGUUGAGGUCCAGGAUAGCGCAGAACCGAAAUCGAAGAAGAGUAAGAAGGAUAAGAAGUCGAGAAAGAACGCGGAGAAAACCGUAGCUGACGUAACAGAUGACGCCGAGAACGGCGGAGAGGAUGAGUCGGUGAGAGACGAGCACGUGGUGGUUACUGGGAAGAAUAUUAAGGACGAGAAGUAUACGCCUACGAGGACUUUUGCCGCAUCAGGGCUUCCAAAGGAAGUAUUGGAGUGCUGCAAAAGUUUUGAAAGGCCGUCCCCUAUUCAGUCCCGGGCGUGGCCUUUCUUGUUGGAUGGUCGUGAUUUAAUUGGCAUUGCGGCUACCGGGUCAGGAAAAACAUUAGCUUUUGGAAUACCAGCUAUGAUGCAUGUUUUGAGCAAGCGCAAGAAUAAAGAUUCAAAGGGUCGGAAUCCUCUUUGCCUUGUGCUCUCUCCCACCAGGGAGCUGGCUCAACAAAUUUCAGAUGUUAUAUGUGAUGCUGGAAGGUCUUGUGGUGUGGAAUCUAUUUGUUUGUAUGGUGGAACCUCCAAAGGGCCACAAAUAUCUUCAUUAAAAUCUGGAAUUGACAUUGUCAUUGGAACUCCUGGUCGUAUUACGGAUCUAAUUGAAAUGGGUGUUUGUUCCCUGAAAGAGGUUUCUUUUGUGGUGCUUGAUGAAGCAGAUCGAAUGCUUGACAUGGGAUUUGAGCAAGCAGUUCGCUCCAUACUGGGUCAGACUUGUUCUGUUCGUCAAAUGGUGAUGUUCAGUGCUACAUGGCCUCUACCAGUCCAUCACUUAGCUCAAGAAUUUAUGGAUCCUAACCCUGUGAAAGUUGUUGUAGGAUCAGAGGACUUAGCUGCGAAUCAUGAUGUUAUGCAGAUAGUUGAGGUCUUAGAUGAUCGUUCACGAGACAGACGCCUGGUAGCUUUGCUAGAAAAAUACCACAAAUCUCAGAGGAAUAGAGUAUUGGUUUUUGUCCUAUACAAAUUGGAAGCUUCACGAGUUGAAAAGAUGCUUCAUCAAGGGGGUUGGAAGGUUGUCUCAAUACAUGGGGAUAAGGCACAAUAUGAACGUACAAAGGCACUAUCAUUAUUCAAGAAUGGAAGCUGUCCUUUGAUGAUUGCCACUGAUGUGGCUGCACGGGGAUUGGAUAUUCCAGAUGUUGAAGUGGUGAUCAACUACAGUUUUCCUCUAACUACAGAAGAUUAUGUUCAUAGAAUUGGGAGGACAGGACGAGCCGGGAAGAAAGGUGUUUCCCAUACGUUUUUCACGCAGCAGAAUAAGGGACUUGCUGGGGAGCUAGUGAAUGUUUUAAAAGAAGCAAAUCAAAUUGUGCCUGAUGCUCUUUUGAAGUUUGGCACGCACGUAAAGAAAAAGGAGUCCAAGCUGUACGGAGCUCACUUCAAGGAGAUUUCUGCUGAUGCCCCAAAGUCAAAGAAGAUCACAUUUGACGACUCUGACGAAGAUUAAAUGUGCUGGUGACUUUUUUUAGGUAUAAAUUCAAUUAUUUGUUCUUGCAAAAGCAAAGAAGGAAACAUGUAUUGAUCCAUAAUAGUGAGUGAGAUGAUAGUUCUGUAUUGACGCCUAAUAUUCUCAGCAUUUAUUUUUUUUUUGUCCACUUCAUUUUUUUUUUAAAGAAAAAAAAACUGGUUUUGUUCAUCUAAUUCUUCAGUUCCAUUUCACCCCUUUGUAAAGGCGCUGUGCAAUCACUGUGUAAACCUCAAAUUUACCAGCGUUGGAUUCCUUUGUGUAACAACUAUGGUUGUGUUCUCUGGGACAACCAUAGUUAUAUAUAUAUGUAUGUAUGUAUCAGUUCAGAUUGA